AGACCCUCAAAAGUCUUAUAGAUGAGAUGAUGGAUAUUGGCGUUGGUAACGAAGAGGAACGCCUAAUGUUCAAGAGGAUUUUCAUCCUCUAUAUACAGAUGGCGUUCCUUUUGCCAACGACAAUAAACAAAAUCUCGCCUGUGCACCUGGCCCCAAUUUUUGAGAUGGACAGCAUAACGGAGCGAAACUGGGGGGGGCAUGUUUUGACCUUUAUCAUCAAGGGCAUCACCGACUACAAGGAGAAAAAGAAGAAGGCAAUUGAUGGCUGCCUCUUUGUCCUGAUGAUAAUUUACUUUCAUCUUUCAAAAAACAAAGGCAAGAAGAGGGCUGAAAGACCGCCAAAACCCUGGAUUGCCAACUGGAGUAAGGAGCAGUUGGUGGAAAGAAUGAGUGCAGAAACAGAGAAAAUUUUGGGAAUUGUAAAGAUGGUGGAGACAAGAGAAAAAAUGAAAAAAAUAGAAAAAAAAGAAAAAAAAACAAGAAAUAAAAAAAAUAAAAAAAGGAAGGCGAGUUCAACAUCGUCUUCGGAGACAGAAACAACUACUGACAAUGGCAGUUCUACCUCUGAGUCUGAGACUCAAGAAGACUCAGAGGAUUCACCAAGAAAACACCCCAGCAAAAAGGGGAAAAAGUAA